AUGACAACCUCAUCCAAGGAUCCGCUUAAUAGCGAUGCACAGAAUCAGCAGCCCAUCCUUCGUUUUAGUUCUAGCGAAUCGAGCACUCCAAAUACAAUGCCUGAAACAGAGGAAGAUUCUGGGGAGGAGUGGGCAGAAUGUAGGACAAGCAGCAAUACUCCUGACAAAGUAGCUACUGUGAAAGUGCUUCUCGAAAAGGUGCAUGUUAAUGAAAAUUCCCAAUCGCUCAUUCCAAAGGGGCUAGAAACGAGGAGCGAUCGCGAAGAUCAUUCCGCAAGUGUCCCUCCGCCAGUGCACGAGUCCACAUCAAAGUGCAAUAGAAGCAAAACUUUCGCAGGAGGUGCGCUUUUUGGAGCUGGUUUUCCAUCUCGUCCACCAUCUUCUGAGGAUGCAAUUGGCCUUUUUAAUGAGGAGGAAUGUAGGCUUCCGCAAUAUCGGGAGGCUAGUGAUUCGGAAUGGGAUGCACUGGCGGAGCGACAGAGACAGAAAGCUGCCAACGCUUCAAGAAAUGUUUCUGCUCCCCGUAAUGUCCGGCGUAAAGAAACUUCCGCCACCAGGUCGAGGAGUAAAGUGCCGAGAAAUCCUGAACCGCCUACAUCGCGUUCGACAGGAAACUUCUACGAACGGCGAUCCGAUUACCGUUACGAAGAGGAGAUGGAUGCGCAGUGUCUGGCUGCUUCGAUAAGGAGUAUUCUGUGUAUUGGGGCAGGAUCAGAGACACCAAAAAACUUGCCUGGACUCCAUGCAAAGUUCUCUCCAUGAAGCCUAUUUGCCAGUGCUUGGCAGAAUUUCUUUUGCGUGGUCACAAAGUUACCAUUCUUCUUCCUGCGUAUUAUCGUGAUGCAUCGUUCAACGACUUACGCAGCAAAGUGGAUGAUGUCGAGGCACUUAAUGUGCUCUUGAAUCUUAAUGUCGUCCAAUUCAUCGAUAACACGAGAGGAUUGAGUGUAAUGGACGAAAUCAGAGCACAAGUAGACAAGGUCGACGGCUUACUCGUCAGCUCAGGAUCCUUCGAUGUUAGAGAUGAGUGGCAACACACUUCAUCCUUUAAUUCAAAUCCCAGCGGAAAGAAUUCAACCUUGCCUACAGCCUUCACUAAGGCUUCUAAGCGGAUGUUGACACCUAUUUUCUUCGGCAGAAACCAAGACAUGACUAUCGUAUAUACGUUCCAAACGAAAGAGGACGGAACUUGGAGAAGCAUUCCAGAAAGCGUUCUCUGUUAUUAUGAGCCUCGUAUAGAUUCGGAUAGGAAUAUUGACGAUGCUGGAAGAGUAUGCCAACAACUUUUGUUCGAAGAUCAAAUAAAAUUGCUGGUGGCUCUCAAAGAUCUCUUCGAAUGGUCGUGUCUUCAUCGCCGAGGUAUCUCAGCUUUACUUCGCCUUAAUUUCCUUGCAACAGUAUCGGCCUAGACUUCGGUUACGGUCAAGAUUCCCUCCUUACAACCAAUAA